AUGCCCCGUGUCGCAAACAAGGUGCAUCGCCGCUCGAACGGCAACUCAACCCCUCACAAGAACUCUCCCAUCAAAAUUCCCCUCAAUGAUGAUAUGGGAGAAAAGGCGGCCCGCAUGGAGGCGCGACAAGCACUCCAUGACCGUCAAAUGAACCAGAUCAAGGCCGCCGUCAAGACCCCCAUGCCCGCCCGUCGAUAUACAACUUAUAACCGCGAAGGAAGCGACAGUCCUGCGACUCCGCGAGGGUCUGGUCAUCGUGGUCGCGACAGCGAUGUAGGGGGCCGGGCCGUGACACCGAUGAAGCGCGUGCCCAUUCUGGCCAACUUCGAGGAGUGGAUGAAGAUGGCGACAGACAACAAGAUCAACGCGAACAACUCCUGGAACUUUGCUCUUAUUGAUUACUUCCACGACAUGUCAUUGCUCAAGGAGGGAGAUGGGGUGAACUUCCAAAAGGCCAGUUGCACACUCGAUGGGUGUGUUAAGAUCUACACGAGUCGAGUGGAUAGCGUGGCGACAGAAACAGGAAAGCUUCUGAGUGGAUUGGCCGAUGGUCGUGACAAAAGAGCGCGCGACGCUGAGGCAGAGGGAGAAGAUGGCGAAGAUGAGGAGGGCGAGGAUGGAGGCUCUCGCAAGUCACGCAAGAAGACACGCUCCCACGAGGCUACAUUGGCUCCGUCAUUUGCGUCGCUGCAACUCAAAAAGUUCGAGCUGGAGUUCGCCGUGGAUCCACUGUUCAAAAAGGCAUCCGCCGAUUUCGAUGAAGGAGGUGCCAAGGGCUUGCUCCUGAACCACCUGGCUAUCGACGGGCAAGGAAGGAUUGUCUUCGAUAGCAGCGAUGAUACUGUGGAUGACAGCGCCAAGACUGCAGAGGGCGACCGAGAGGAGUCAACGGAUGCCGACCAAGAGCAGCAAGACGAGCAGAAACCCGCUACGCAGCAACCAGCAAGCGAGACUUUCGAAGACGAUACGGAAAUCGACCUGGCUACCCUGGCCAACCAGUUCUUCCCGGAUUUGGAUCGUCUCGGCGAACAGGAUGUCUGCCCGUCGCUCAAGAAUUUCGAUCUGGGUGAUCCUAGUGGUUCCUUAGAUAUUCCUCUUCUCAAAGCACCCGAGGAAUGGCGACAGGAUAAGACCAAUGAGGAUGGACGAGGGGCCGAGGAUCCUUCUGGUAUCAUGCUGGAUGACGACAACGCAGUUGGCUUUGACGAUGAUGACGCUACUCUGGCUGGCUUCGACCUCAGUGGUGACACUGGAUUUGGUGAUGGAGGAGAAGCUUGGGCACGAGAAGCUGCCUUAGAACCGAUGCUCAAGGUUCACCGGGUUGAUCACGAUGGGGAAGAUGGUGACGACGAUGGGGAUAUUGACACCGAGGAUGCGUACGCCAUAUCCAUGUCUCAUCAACCCGACAAUCGUGACCAGGAGAAUAUUUUGAGCUACUUUGACAACGCCCUUCAAAAGAACUGGGCUGGUCCGGAGCACUGGAAGAUCCGAAGAAUCAAAGAGCAUGCAGCGGCCAGCAACACGACCGCAGCGCCCAAGCAGCGCAAAGAAAAGGAGCCUUUCGAGAUCGAUUUCUCGGCACCUCUAGAUCCAGCUGUUGCCGAGCUUAUCUACACCCCUGCCGCCUCCAAUUCCACUAUCUCUCUGCCCAAGACCCAGUGGAAGACCAAAGGUCGCAAUCUGCUUCCUGAUGACAAGCACUUCAACUCACGCCAACUUCUUCGUCUGUUCCUGAAGCCCAAGGCGCGGAUGGGCUCGAAGAAGCUCUCGGGAAUUCGGGCGAUAAAUCGUCGACCAGAUCAGACGUCUGGUCAUGGCGAUAUGGAUGAAGCCUUUUGGGCAAACCACAAACCCGAGGACAAUGGUGCUGAUGAAGAAGGUGCCCCUGGUGCCUACGAUGCAAACUUCUUUGCUGACGACGAUGGUCUUGCGUUCCCGAAUGGCAUGGAUCUCGACGAUGAAGAUGACAACCUGCCGUUUGCAGAUGCCCGGGAGAUGUUGUCGCCGCCCACCGAUGGACCCCCAGGCACUUCGGCUGGUGAAGCGGGCAGUGCCUCCGGACUUACUGCACUACUGAACAUGGUCGGGGCCACGCCUGGCCGCGGUGGGGCCGGUGGAUACGGCUCGCAACUAGUGACUCAAGGCGGUCGCCGUGCACGACCAGACUAUGUGGCAUAUGCACGUGUGGCAAAGAAGGUGGAUGUGCGGCGGCUCAAGAACGAGAUGUGGAAGGGAAUGGGCGAACGGUUGAUUGACGCGACCGAUUUCAGCUCCGCUUCGCAGCCCGGCGCUGUGUCGAACCAGCCCCCGCCUGAGCCCGACACUGAGACGGAGCCGGAACCACCAACUCUCAAGCCAGAAAGUCCAGAACAGCCCGUUGACCCCAAGGACGACAGCCGAUUACGGUUCACGCAAGUAAUGAACUCCCUGAAGGCCGUCUAUCCGGCAGAGACGCUACGCGAUAUUAGCACGUCGUUCGGGUUUAUUUGUCUCCUUCACCUCGCCAACGAACAGGGCCUGGUCCUCGAGAGUGAUCUGACCAAGCUUGGCAAGGGUGUGGGCUCCCUGGAGGAAAUCUUUGUGACCAGGGACACACAUGCCGUUCUGGAAGAAGGAGGCAUGUGA